AUGGAUUGGAAGGAACUGGCGGCUCAGAAGCUCAGUCUGUCCCGCAGGAAGAAGUCCCAGCCCGGCCCGCCCUCCUCGCCCGGUGAGGCUCCGGCGCCGCUGCUCUACACCGGCGGCUUCAGCGGGGCCCUGCAGCUCUCCCCGCCCGCCGUCCCACCAUGCCUCCUUCGAGCCGGGUCGAAGGUCAAGGACACGCCGGGGAUGGGGAAGGUCAGAGUGAUGAUCCGGAUCUGUUCGGUCCACAGCAGCGAGUCCUCAGAGUCCAUGUCCUUCCUGAAGGUCGACGGCAGAAAGAAGCAGCUCACUCUGUGCGAGACGUCGCCCGGUGGACUCGCCGCCGCCGCCGCUCAGAGACGAUCCUCGGCCUCGGCACCAAAGACCUUCAUCUUCGACGCCGUUUUCUCACAGGAUGCAUCGCAGGCUGAGGUGUGUUCGGGGACGGUGGCGGAGGUCAUCCAGUCGGUGGUGAAUGGAGCAGACGGCUGCAUCUUCUGCUUUGGACACGCUAACCUGGGGAAGACGUACACCAUGAUUGGUCGGGACUGCUCCACGCAGAGUCUGGGCGUGGCUCCGACUGCCAUCUCCUGGCUCUUUAAGGUGAUCGAGGAGCGCAAAGAAAAGUCCGGAGGGCGUUUCUCUGUCAGAGUUUCAGCUGUGGAGAUCUCCGGUCGGGAGGAGACGCUCACCGACCUCCUGGCUGAAAUCUCCUCCUCAGCUGGGGGCCACCAGGAGGCCCCGGGCCCCGCGGUGUCCCUGCGAGAAGAUCCUGUCUGUGGAUCCCAGCUCCAGAACCAGACGGAGCUCCGGGCGACCAGCGCCGAGCGAGCAGCAUCUUUCUUGGACGCCGCCCUGGCAGCGAGGAGGAGCAGCCGGAUGCCAAACGACCAGGAGGCCCGAAGGAACUCGCACUUCCUGUUUACUCUGCACCUCUACCAGGAGAGGCUGGACAAGAGCAACAAGGCAGCAAUGUCCGGUCGGAGUCGUCUCCACCUCUUGGAUUUGGGGAGCUGUGAGACGGACAUCAGCAGGACCAGAGAGGGAGGUGGAGGUCAGUGUCUGUCUCUGUCUGCGCUGGGAAACGUCAUCCUCGCCCUCGCCAACGGAGCCAAGCACGUUCCCUACAGGGACAGCAAGCUCACCAUGCUGCUCAGCGAAUCCCUGGGCAACAUCAACUGUCGAACCACCAUGAUCGCCCACAUCUCCGACUCCCCGGCGAACUACAUGGAGACGCUGACCACGGUGCAGCUGGCCUCCCGCAUCCACCGCAUGAGGAAGAAGAAGUCCAAGUAUGCUUCCAGCUCAUCCGGAGGGGAGAGUUCCUGUGAGGAAGGCCCGUCUCGUAGACCUCCUCAGCUUCGAUCCUUUCACCCUCGAACUAUUGCCCUCGACCCAGACAUACCUCUGCUGCUCUCUAGUGAUCCUGACUAUUCCUCCAGCAGUGAACACUCCUGCGACACCGUCAUCUAUGUGGGACCUGGAGGGACGGCCAUUUCGGACCGAGAACUAAGUGACAACGAGGGCCCGCCUUCCUUUGUUCCCAUCAUUCCCUCCCUGAACAAGAAGCGGGUCAAAGAUGCACCCAAGACUGACGGCGAUCACUUCAAGUGUAACACAUUUGCAGAACUGCAGGAAAGACUCGACUGCAUCGAUGGCAGUGAGGGCCCAAAUCCAUUCAGCACAGAGGGCAAAGCAGCACAAGCAGCAGCACUUAGGACUCAGAGUGGAGACAGUAAACCUUCAGAGGCAACGUCUCCACCCAAAUCUGAGAACUCCUCCGAGAAGUUCUCAGAAAGCACAAAUAAAUCUGAUCAGGAACAGCCCAGGAUUCUCAUGGACCCUUCUAAAAGGACAAGUGCAGAUGGGGAAAAACUUUCAAGCACCCUGUUUCAGCCAUGUGCAGUAAAACCAGGUGGGGCUUUCUCCCAGGAUUCAGAGCCUGUGGUGCGAGAGAAGGUCUACCUCAGAGGAGGUGUUCCAAAGCCAUCUGCCUCACCAUCCCUACCCAGGACAUCCAGGACAUCAGCUCAGCCUGAAGAGGGUCUCAGUAGGACUCCCCCAGUCGGCAUGAGUCAGCAAGCACUGAGGCAAUGCCAACCACUGGAGUCACCUAACAUGGAAAGAGCCUCUCUAAGUAGAUACCCGAUGGAGGUCAACAACCUGCGAGCAGCUCUGUUAGGAAGGUGCCUGGACAGGGAUUUUCUGAGGACUACAGUCACACUGCAGCAGCCUGUGGAGCUGAACGGGGAAGAUGAACUUGUGUUUACGGUCAUAGAGGAGCUUCCUCAUGGCCUUGUCCCAGACAAUGGCCGCCCCUCCAACCUCCUCAGCUUCAAUACUGACUGCUCUCUGCAGGCCUUGACCUCUGGCUCUCGCCCAGUCAGUAUCAUCAGCAGUAUCAACGAUGAGUAUGAUGCUUACACAUCUCAACAAGGCGCUGUGGGACCUGCAGCUGACAUCAGUGCCGACUACCAGGAAAUGUUGUUUUCCCAACAUGACAAAAAGCAGUCAGUUGUUGGAUCAUGGCCAAGUGAGUUCAGUGCAGACUUGGCUAACAAUGAAGGCACUCAUUCAACAAGCAGGCUUUACUCGAGGGAUAAACACAUGCCAACAGAGAAUACAUCCAUGCUGGCCUCACCUAGUAUAUUCCAUAAACAGCCAUUUUUGCAGCAUGGCAUGAAGAGCGCGCUGAAUGACAGCGGCGUUGGCUUCUCAGAGCUGGACAGUGACCCUGCUACCCCAAACAAACCUUCUUUUAACAAGUGCCCUCCCUCCCCAGACUCAACCAAAGCCUCUCUCAAAGGCUCUCUCAGGGUGAGAGCAAGUACCAGUUCAGUGUCAGCCCAGACUCCCCAUCACAACAUUCAUUCCAGUCUUCCCAGGAAAACCAAGCCUACCUCAUCUGCAGCUUUGGGCUGCAGCAGACAGGAAGGCAGACAUGAUGACUUCUUGCUUCAGGGAAGCAGCCAUUUUGAUCCCAGAGAAGUUGAGUUUCUUUCUGCUGGUAAGUCAUCAAGAGGUGGCACGAAUAACGGUUCCUCUAAGAAGUCUGGAGGGAACAGCCACAGUGUACCUCGGCCACCAAAGUCACAAAUGUCCUCCUCAGCUCAGAGGGUUGUGGACGGUUGUGAGAAGUCCAGCAGCAGGAGGGGAGAUACUCUCAUCAAGCUGCCACGACUUACCAGAGGUGCAACAACUCUGGGAACUGUUUCCACCCCCCAGACGUCUGAAUCCAAAUGGAGUCAUGAAGCUGCCUCAGUGCUUGGUACACUGAGGUUUUCAUCCUUGGGGAAAAAGUCAAAUGGACCAAAAAGCAGCAUGAUGUCCAAACAGUCAAGCCAAGAGCAAAAGAUAAGGACUGCGCUAUCUCCAAGUGCCUUAAAAACAUGCAGCAGCAUUGGAAAGUCCUCAUUCCCUAAAACAUCCACCUCAGAGGAGGAAUUCAGUGUCAGGCUCCGGGCAGAUUCAUUCAGCCAUAAGACAUCCAGUUUAAAAACUGAACAUGGAUCUGCCAGGGCAUCCUCGAGCCUGAAGACACGAGGGGCCAAAGCAGAUUCUUCCAGAUACUAUGGGAGUCUAAUGUCUCUGGAAAGAUCUGACAGUCAAACCUUAGCAGGGUCCAAACCUGAGCUGUUCAGGGACAACAGUGGUGUUGCUUCAGGAGGUAGCACCAGGUCCAACAGAUCAGUGCCAAGACUCGGGAUUCCAGCCUCCACCACCACAUCUGCUUCUUCUGCCCAACCUUGUGGUGUUUUUGCAACAACUAGCAAACUGGGGCAGGUCCGAGGUGGCAGCGGAUCACGAGCAGCAGCUUCAGGUGGACUGAAGGUUCGAACGCUGUCUACCAGCAGCUCCAAGAGCCUGAGCUGCUCCCCAAAACCCCCAGAAAACACAGCUGGACGCAACGCAAGUCUGCCGCCGACUGGUAAGUCCCCUGCUCGCUCUGGAACAGGCGCCAAGACAGGAAGAGGCACUAUCAUGGGCACAAAGCAGGCCAUCAGCAGGGCAGCCAACAGCCGGGUUAGCGAGCUAGCUGCUGGAAGCCACAGGAAGCAGUUCAGCAGGGGGCCAGGAGCAACAGGAAGUGACUGCGCCGACAGCGGGGCUAGUAGUGUCAGUGGAUCAACACUCAACACACCGCUGCCAUCACCUUACAGCAAGAUCACUGCGCCUCGAAGACCGCAGCGCUACAGCAGUGGACACGGCAGUGACAACAGCAGCAUCCUCAGCGGGGAGCUGCCGCCUGCCAUGGGACGCACCGCACUGUUUUACCACAGCGGGGGCAGCAGCGGAUACGAGAGCAUGAUCCGAGACAGCGAGACAACUGGCAGCACCUCUUCAGCGCAUGACUCCAUGAGUGAGAGCGGAGCCUCGUCGUCCAACAGAAGCAGAGUGUCUAAAUCGCCCAAGAAGAGAGGGAAUGGUUUCCUGCGGCGGCGGCUGAUCCCAGCUCCCCUGCCGGACACCUCGUCUCUGGGCAGGAAGGUGGGCGGCCAGUGGGUGGACCUGCCCCCGCUGGGCGGUACCCUGAAGGAGCCCUUUGAGAUAAAGGUGUACGAGAUCGACGACGUGGAGCAUCUGCAGAGGAGGAAGGAGGUGGCGACGGGGUCAGAGCAGCCGUUCCACGAUGUUGAAAAGGGUCUGCUCUACUUCAACGCCCGGCUGAGGAUGCUGGAGAAGCGGCAGCAGCAGAUCAGAGAGCUGAAGAGCAAACACGAGAGGCUGAAGGUGGAGCUGGAGGAGGCCAAGAGCCGGCUGAUGCUCCACCCGAGCAAAUGGAGCGGAGAGUUCGACGUGGACCAGGACCUGGACCGGGAGUCCCAGGAGUACCUGGAGGCUCUGGCUCAGGUCACGGCCGAGCUGGAGUACUGCGUCAACCUCUGCAAGUCCCGCGUCAUGAUGGAGACCUGCUUCGACAUCACCGCGACGACGGCCGCCGUGGCGCAGGGAGGGCAGCAGGAGGUGGAGGUGUGA